AUGGUGAUUGGGGGACUUCCAGUAUUGACGAAGUGGAACUACAAAGUAUGGUCGGUGAAGAUGGAGGGAUUACUGAAAGACUAUGGCUUUUGGGACAUUAUUGAACCUCCAGUCGACGUAGUUGUAAAUGAAAGGAAGAUGUACACCGCAUUGGGGUACGUAUGUCAAACCCUGCCGGACGACAUCUUGGAAAAAGCAGCUCAAGAAGCCGCUGAGAAAGAAAGAUUGAAUGAGAUCGUUGAGAAAGAAAGAUUGAAUGCAAUUGUUCAAGAAGAGCAAGCUCGUAAGAAAGAAGCUCAGGAAGCUGCAGAGAAAGAAGAAGCGCUCCAAGCUGUUUUGGAAAAACCGUAUGUGAAAGUUAACAAUCGAGCAUCUGUUGAAGAAAAAUUAGAACCGAAAGAAAAGUUCAGAAGUAUAGUCAGAGAGAAAAGCCCAAGAGGGCUUGAUAAAGGAAGAAAGACUAAUCCAAUUGUGAGUUUUGGGUUAAAGUCAAACUUUCAAGAAUGUUUGGAUAAGCAAAGAAAGAAAAGAAAAGUGAGGAAAAAUAACUUAUCAAUUGAACAAGUGAUGCAACAAAUAUGUGAAUAUAGAAAAGUUCAAGAAAAGAAAGUGUUCAAUGAAGUUGGAUCUGAGAUGAAUGUGGAAGGUUUGAAUGAUGAGUAUGAAGAACCUGUUAAACAGGAAAUUGAUGAUGAUGAUGAUGAUAAUAAUAAUGAACGAAUCUAG